AUGGUAGUAAGGUAUUUUAUUUCCACUUUUGCUUCUGUUUCAAUUCUUGUUAGUAUCUUCCUUAUGUCAUUCGCUCUCUUUGUGCUGCCAUUUGCUCUGCCUGCUUCAAAUGGAUAUGGAGGAACAACCUGGAUCAAUAACAUCCACUCCUUAGAAUCAUGGACACCUCGAUCAGCUGACAUAGGCGCACUCACAGUCAGGCCAAUUCUUCUCACCAACAAUAUCUCAUAUGGCGGUGAGAGCCUGCGGUUUGGAUGCGGGUUCUUCUGCUACAAUAUUCCUUGUGACACGGGCUACUCUUUUGCAGUUUUCUUUGUUAUCUACGAAACUAAUUAUAGUAAUCCAGAUGACCUGCAAAUGGUAUGGACAGCAAAUAGAGAGCGUCUAGUGAAAGAUAACGCAACCCUUCGACUCACCUCCACUGGGGAUCUUAUCCUGGAGGACGCAGAUGGCAGUCUAGUCUGGUCUACAGAUACAUUCACCUAA